GAUUAUGACGCUUUUGCUUAAUGCAUUUAUAUGACUUAAGAGCAUAUGUUAGUGUUAUUUGAAAAAAGUAGUUAAGCUAUAUUUGAUCAUAUUUUAGAUCGACAAAUGACUGAUAAAAGUAGGCAAGCGUCUUGAUAAUUUGUGUUGUGAUCACUGAUUUCCGGGUCGUAACUUUCGUUGGUUAUUUGGAACACUUGAGUUACUGCGUCACUUGUUAAAUAUGCUUUUCUUUGUUAUAUCUGCACUUCUUUCACUUCAAGUGGAAGCACUGCCAAAUGUGUUUCAGUAUGAAAUUGCAAAGGCACAAUCGUUUGUGCACACGUUUGAAAUGCCUAGGAAAGAGAAUUAUCCAUCUGAAGGACAAAGAAAGUUAGGGCCAGCAAAAUGGGAGGACUGCAGUUCAACAGCACCGUUAGUGAAUAUCAAAAGUUUAUCUAUUACUCCUGAUCCUCUUCACUUUCCUGGACCGCUUGAUGUGGCAACAGAGUUCACUAUUAAAGAAAACCUUUUAGCACCCCUAAAGGUAGACUUAUUGAUAAAGAAGAAGAUACUUGGUACAUAUAUUGAGAUACCAUGCAUUGAUAACUUCGGGUCAUGUAAAUAUGACGAUAUUUGUCAAGUACUGUCACAGGUUGGAGACCAGUGUCCUGAUCCUCUAAAAAAAAUUGGUAUUAAAUGUAGCUGUCCAUUUGGAAAGGGAACGUACAAUCUGCCGAAGACAGAGUUUGACCUUACAGCUGACGUUAUACCAUCUGGGGAAUACGAGAUUCAGGCUAAUGUAACAAUGCAAGGAGCCGAGGUUGUAUGCCUGAAGUUGUUUCUUAUUGUUGAAUAAAAUACUAUCUGUCAUAUCAGGAAGAGACAAGGUGCUGAAGUUUUAGAAGAUCUACAAUUUUAGAAGACAACAUUCCAUAUGCAAGCAGGGAUGUUAAUAUAUUUUUAAGCGAUUAUGUAUAUUUUAUGCAUAUAUUAAGUUGUAUGAAAAAGAUUUAAAGAGGACGUUGGUUUGUUUUAGUGUAACAUCAGGCUGUCUUCCACCAGAACACCAGAUACCGUCUGAGCCAAUUGCUACAAAUUCAUGAAAAUUAUUCAGAUUAUUCAAAAUUAUUUUUUUGUGUGGCUUGCACGAAACAGAUCAGAAAAAUAAAUUGGAGAGAGUGUAAGCAUUGGUGAUCACAGGUCAUUGAUAUAUUGAUCACGUAAAACUAACAAAUUUUCUUUUUAGUUCACGUUUUAACCAAAUUUUACAUAUACACAUGUAUUAUAGUUUGAUAUGUAAUGUAUUUAUAUCUUUGAUAUUUUUAAUUUGAAUAAACAACAUAGAUCUUGCUCUUACACAAUAUUCCGGUACUUCACUGAAAAAACUUGAAUAACAGAUUUUCUUUACUAAAAUUGAUUGAAUGAAGCAGUUUCAUUCUGUUAUCUCUGUCAGAAAAAAGCCUGCCUGUUCAAUAGGGAAAGCACUAAUUUACGUACCGCCGGCUUGUAAGUCUGAUCCCUGGGUGGGGCGUAUGUUCUUCUCAAUCUUGUCUAAAUUCAGGCCUUGUCAAAAUUCAGUCUUAGACUAACUUAAGUCUUGUUUAAAUUCAGUCAUAUCUUCAGUCUUCUCUUAAUUCAGCUUUGUCAAUAUUCAGUCUUUAUACAAAUUCAGUCUUAUUUAACUUCAGUCAUAUUUAAAUUCAGUCUUUAUCUUCAUUGACUAAACCAACAACUAGUAGACAUUUUUAUGAACACUGUUAUCAUGUCCUUAAAAUUGCAAAGGUUGGUUGAUAUUUAUUCCUUGGAAUUGGAAGUCUUAAAUAUUGUAUAAUAUUACAUUGUUAUGAUGUCAUUACUGGAUUGUAUUGUAGCUGUUUUGCAUGUGAAGAUUGUCAUACAUGUCAAUAUGUGUUUUUCACUGCUGAAAAUAAUGGUGGAAAAUAGUACCUGUGUGAGUAACAUUUUUCUGUGUCUGUAUACACACUCCAAGAAGGCAUACAGUAUUUAGAAGAACACUAAAGAAUCUUGGUACUAGAUACACUUCUACUGAUACUCACAAUUAUGACAACUUGUAACAUUAUAUAAAAAAUAUUAUACUAAAAAUAACGAAAACAUAGCGACGGUUUACGACUCCUAGCAGGGUAGUAUUUUCUGUCAUUAUUCCCAGCACUGUGUUCGCACAGCAGUGUGUUCACCCAGCACUGUGUUCGCCCAGCACUGUGUUCGCCCAGCAGUGUGUAAGCAGUGGUUAGCCCAGCAGUGUUCAUGCAAGUCAAUAUGACUUCUUAUCACAAAUCAUAUGACUGGUUUUUAGACCAGUGGAAAGGACUAUAAAUUAAGAUUUAGUCAUUAGAACCUGGAAAUAAAAUAACACUUUAUUACUUAAAAAAUGAAUGUAAAUGAACAGUUAGGAUGUUACAUAUGUUAUUAAUGCUAAACAGUAUCCCAAGUUUUAUGUUUUUACACAGCUGUGAAUUAGAUCUGAACAAGAGGUUUAUUACUUGAAUAUUGCAUUUAUAUAGUCUGUUAGUUGAGCUGAUAUUAUGAUUGUUCUGUACAUAAAAUUUUGUAAAGAAGCAUAACCUAAUCAGAGGCUAGUCUUUGCUUUAUACAGGAGUUAACUAAUCAUUUUUUGUUAUUAUAUCCUGGUUAUUAUACCCUGGCUUUGGAAACCAGGGAUUCAUAUAGUGUUUGAACCAUCUGUCCACCAGUCCAUCUAUCCAUCAUACUUAAUUGACAUUGUAUUCAGCCACUGGUACAGUUUCCAUCCAAUUCAGUUGAAACUUGGCUUACAUUUUCAGUAUGAAACAAUCAUAAUAGUUUUGGAACUUGAGAUUGGUGCAACACUUCUUAUUUCAUACUUGCAAGCAUUUUCAGGGGGUAUGAUACAGUUUUGACAUUAUCCUUAUUUGUCAGUAUGAGAUAUCUAGUGUGUUAUUUUAUUUCUUCACACAGAUUUAAUACAUGUAUUUAUUCGUUCUCACUAUUUUCACUUUGAAGUCUUCUUUCAAUGCUUUUAAACUAUUUUUAUUCUUGCACUUGACUCGCACCUGCUAGUUUAUCUGAAAGGGGCUUAAGCAGUAUGAAAAGAUAGAUAGAUUAUACAUGUAUUUAACCACAUUGCUUACCAAACGGUUAACAAGUGGGUUUAAAGUUGUGGUUUAAAACUUUACUUUUAGUUUUAUGAUUAGAUGUAAUACUGUGAAAUCAUUUUUAUUUGCGUAGGAUGAAUUUUCGCGUAUUUCGCGCUAGGACCGAUGCGCAUAUUUAAGAUUGCGAUAUUAUUAUUUUUUGAUUAUAUUGUUUCCUUUCUAAAAUUGAAAAUGCACGAAUUAAAGCCUGUGCGAAACAGUCGUUCUUCACGUUUGCGCAAAUUUCAUGCCAGUGAAUUUAAAUGAUUUCACAGUAUACCCUGCUGAAACAGGCAAAGUUGAUUGAUAAGGAGUGCUUCAUGCACUGGUCCUUAAUAUACACUUAUUGAAUGGCUUGAUGGUUCAUUUUAGACCCAUAGCAAAUAAUUCUUAAAGUAAGUUAUUCAGUAACUGUUUUAUUACAUGACGUCAAUAAUUAUUUUUGUUAAGCUGCCUAAAAGUAACGUUGACUGCAAACUGCUACAUUUGUCAGUAAUUCUUUCAUGUACUUUUGCAGGAAAAUUUAACAAUUACAUGUUCAGGCCCUCUUUAGACCUGUAUUAUAUAUUGUUUCAUUUCACUCGUAUAUCUCUUUAUCACUUUCAUAUUGUAUAUGUACUAUAUUUUCUCCAUUUAAUGCCCUCCCUGGAAAAGAAUGCAACUGCCUUCAUUUCCUCAAAAAAAAAAAAAAAGAUUUAUUUAAGUUAAAAAAAAUGAAUACCAGCAGUAUGGUAGAGCUACAGUUGAUUAUGUUUCUUCAUUUCUAUUUGUAUUUAUAGCCUUAUGUUUAAAAAAAUGUAAAAAUACCCCACUUUUAUUGCCAUAACAAAAAAUAUGAUUCUCCCGGGGUGGGGGGUGGGGGUGGGGAGGCAUUAAUAAUGGAAUAUAUGGUACUUGUAUCCUGGUUUUAUAUGUAUUUUGAAAAAGCUCACUGCUGAAAACUAUUAGAACAAUCAAGCCAUUUGGAAAAAUCUGCAUUUUGCAUGUUUGUACAAGUCAUGUGAUAUGUCAUUUUGUUUAAGAGCUGAUGUAUGCUUUUACUUUUUGUUAUAUUUUACAGCUUUAUAGAUAUUCAUAGGUCAACAUUGUUAACUGUCAUGAUUAGCUUUUCUUUGCAAUGUAAUGCCCAAUAUAUAUAUAUAUAUAAAAAAAGCAGUGUAUAAACAUAGUUUUAGUUUCAUUUCUGCUUUUAUUUGGAAGUGACAGGUGCUGACUUUCAUCAGACCUGUACAAAUAUAAGUAUAUUAAAGUGAAAUAACUGGUUUGAUAUUGCAAGUGCAAGACUAUUUUUAUAUAAAAAAAAUAAAAGAAUAUUUUGAUAUGUAUUGUAAAAUAUUUUGGUACUGUUUUUCAAAAGCUACUUAUUGUUAUUUGUACUUUCCUGCACAGAAAUAAACUCUCUUUUUUUUUAUCAUA